UCAACUGAUUUAACAAUCAUGCGAUCGACACGUCACUCUCCGCCGCCCAGUAAUACCGAAAAAAUCGGCAAGGACAUCGUUCAAGAUGUUUGCCGGAAACCAAAAUGGCUGAUAUGCCUAAUCUGCAUGGUCACCAUCAUAGUAAUGAUAGUGUCAGCAAUAUCUGUUGGAGUCUUCAUUGGCUAUGCUUACUGCUAUGUGGAACAUCAGACCGGAUUAACAGAGAACAUUACACAGCCGAACGAAAUUGAAAUAAUACAGAACUUACAAAAGGCACCUGAAGCUUCAAAAAGAACAAUAAACGAUGCAAUCAAAAGCUUUCUAUCUUCAAGGAUAAAAAAAAUUAGCAAUUUCCUAUGGAGUGAUGGCAAUAAGCCGAACAAGAUUAAACUUUGAUCUUUGUUCAA